AUGACUGCAGCCAGUGACGUCAGGCAAGUGACAGGACUUAGUGCAAAGGCAAGCCAUGAAGUCAGAGUAGGGGACAGUACAAGGUGUCUCUUAACUCUGUAUUUCCACGUCCGCUCGCUUUCUAAGAGUGUUCGGUUGCAAGUGCCAGUUCCUAUUGAGGAAUUAUUAUUAUUAUUAUUAUUAUUAUUAUUAUUAUUAUCAUUAUUAUUACUAUUAUUAUUAUUAUUAUUAUUAUUAAGGACCUAUGCGUUAAUGUAUCUAAUGGUACUGCACACGGUAACUGCACUCGGAAAUCUUGAUGCCGUCGUCUGCAUUGUCGACAACAGAUCCAAACAUCUAAAAUUUCACGAUAUGCCGUCUUCAAGCAAGAUCAUGAAAAACGCUGUAAUAUUAAAUAUGAGCAUGCAGAAAAAGAACAUGGGAGAUGAUGCAGCAGAAACAGAUGGAGCGACGCAUGCAAAUCGGUCGAUAAUGUGGUUAACAAAACCAUCUUUCGAUCCUCUGCCCUGCCCCAAAUCCAAUGCUCGUCGCAGUCAUCACGGGAGACGCAGUUACUGGCACAUACAACUGCAUACGUGA